UACGACAGCGUGAACAUCAUUCCAUAACGUGAUGUCCUUAGCCAUCUUGAUUUGGUAGUCCACUUCUGUGCUCUUCUUGGAAUGUGCAGUCCGUGGAUGCGCUGCCGCCGCCGAAUACCUCGGUAGGUCCUAAUUGCCGGUUCCUAUUUCGUCUCUGGCCCGUUGUCUCUGAAGACCCCUCAUGCUUCGCACGACAAGGCGUGCCUUGCAUACGUUGGCUUCCGUCGUAUUGGUAUAAUAGAAAGCUGGUGCCCUGCGCUUUGCUCGCCAUCAGCAACCCCGCCACGGCCUCAGGGAUAAUGACUGUCCCUCUCAACGGAAAGCCUAGGCUUAGAUACCCGCCCGGGUAUGUUACUGAGCAAGGAAGAAACGCCCCUUACUUCACACCGGUCCCUUUCGAUGGGUCGCUUCUUGUUGGAGAGUUCAUUGAUUGGCACCGAGAACAUAGCGCACGUCACAACUACUGCAUUCUCGUUGAGGAUGGAGACCAAGAAAAUGUGCCCGUUACGUACAGUGAAUUUGCUCAUGCCGUCCAUCGAGUUGCACGGCUAGUUUACGAUGCAGUCCCAGGUGGAUCGGCCACUGCAAAUGGGAUGCCGAAGACCGUCGCGCUUCUUUCCAAUGCUGAUGUUUUGACGUACAACACUCUGAUGCUGGGUAUCAUGAGAGCUGGUUUCGAGGUAUUUCCUAUUUCGAAUCGCAAUUCAGAGGCUGGCAUCAAGCAUCUUAUUACUGCCGUCGAUGUACAUUACCUAGUUGGGUCUAUUGGUGGCGAUGGCAAACCUCCGACUGCGCUGCAGACUGCUAUCCAGCAUGUGAUAAAGGGGCUGAAGGAAGACAAAUACGAGUUCACCCUCAUCCCAGAACCACAAUUCAGUGAAAUUUACCCUCGACUCGCUCAUCGUCCUAUGCCGGCAUACGAUGAAGUUGCAGACGCUGAGAAUACUACUCUGAUGCCACCUUUGUCCACAAUGCCUUCAUUUCUCAACGCAGAUAUUCAUACUCAUCCAUGCUUGAUCAUGCAUUCGUCCGGAAGUACGAAAUUUCCGAAGCCCAUUCGCCAGAAUCAGCAGGCUAUGCGCCAUUGGAUCAGCUGGCCCUGGUACGGAGAUGCUGACAUAGGUGGAUCUGUGGCUUCCAUCGUUGGACUGCCUGGUUUCCAUGCUGGGGGCAUCACAUUUGGGAUUGGGCAUCCGUUGGGGUGUGGUGUCGUUGUAACCCACUUUAUGCCGCAAGAGCCUGCCAUCCAGGCCAACGCAGAUACGGCUCUUUUUAGCUUCAAGAAAUCAAAUUGCGACUGGUGUUUUGGAAUCCCUGCAUUCUUGGAUUCAUACUCUAAUGACCCAGAGAUUAUCAGUUUCUUAGCCACCAAAUCAGCCGUCGUAAGUUCUGGUAACUUCCCAGUGGAGCCACGUUUCGAUCAUUACCAGGUGUUUGGAUCAUCGCCCCUCCCCGAAGAGGCUGGCGACCGUCUGGUGGCGGGCGGUGUUAACCUCGUCAAUAUAUACGGCGCAACGGAGACGAAUAUCGUGUCGCGCAUGUCGCUCGAGAAACGAACUGAUUGGCUUUACACGGAAAUUUCUCCGAUGACCAAUCAUAGGCUUCAACCAGAUGAUGAAACUGGCGAGGUCUAUCGUCUUGUAUUUGAGGCAAAUGAUCACUAUAGUCCAGCUGUAUAUAAUCUUCCGGGCGAACGUGCCUAUGAUACAUAUGAUGUCGCCAUUCCCCACCCAACGCGGAAGAAUCGUUAUCGCAUUCUCGGGAGAUCUGAUGACCAGAUUAUGCAUUCCACAGGAGAAAAAACAAACCCGGGACCUCUGGAGAAUAUCAUUCUUGGAUCUCCAUUGAUCAAAUCUGCCGUAUACUUUGGCAGAGCUCGCACACAGGCUGGGGUUAUCAUCGAACCGUUUAUACCUGUGAAGGACCGAUCUGAAGAUGCAAUUGCGGCAUUCCGCAACAAGAUCUGGCCGUAUAUUGAGCGUGCCAAUCAGUUCGGUCCAUCCCAUUCGCGAGUCUUCAAGGAGUAUGUGUUGGUAGCCGAUUCUAGCAAGCCUCUCGCCAGAACACCAAAAGGCUCGAUUGCGAGAAGCAUGGUCUUGGCUGAGUAUGAACAGGAAAUCGAGCAGAUAUAUCAAACUGUACAACGGUACAACCAGUAUGAAUGGGCGCAACCCCCAACCUCUUGGGACAAAAAUGGCAUCUAUAAAUUUGUUGCCAGAGUCGUUAACGGCGUCAUGGAAGAGCGUACGAAGGAGCCAGUGGACCCUCAGCGUGAUCUGUUCGAGCAGGGCUGCGAUAGCCUCCAAGCAACUUUAAUUCGCAACAGUAUCAUCAAUGCCUUACGACACCGGACAUCGCUAAUGCGAAAUGGUGAUGCAGAGAGACAACCAGAUCUUGCACGGAAUAUUCCUCAAAGUGUGGUCUUCAUGCACUCGACAAUCUUGAGCCUUGCCGCAUUUGUGACAAACCUGGUCCAUGGCACCGUCGAAUCAGCCCAGCAAAACGACGACGUCACCAAGAUGCUGGGUUUGCUGGCCAAAUAUAACACCGGAUUCCUCCCCAAGGUCCCAGCUAAAGCUCCUCAGAACGGGGUGCUCACCUCAAGUCAUGUGAAUGGAGAUGCUGGCAAAGAAUGUGUUCUUCUGACCGGCUCUACUGGUACAUUGGGCGCUUACCUUCUCUCGUCACUGCUGUUGAACAACCGAGUCGAGAAAGUCUACGCGUUCAACCGCUCUAGCAAGGCCAAAACCAUCGGCAAACGACAACUGGAGGCGUUUGUAGAUCGUGGAAUCCCUGACAAAUUCGCCCAUCACCCCAAGCUUGUCUUGAUUGAGGGGGACUCGGCAGAAGACGGUUUGGGGAUUGACACCUCCCUCUAUGACGAGAUGUUGGCUUCCGUUACGUGUAUUAUUCACAAUGCGUGGCGCCUAGACUUCAAUAUGGGCGUACAAUCUUUCGAAUCGCAUAUUCGAGGAUCUAGGAACCUCAUCGACUUCGCGCUGAAAUCACAGAGGGCAGAACGCCCUCAAUUUCUCUUUACCUCAUCGAUUGGCACUGUAGCAAAUUGGAAGCUUCCUGGCGCGGUCCCGGAGGAACCAUUAGAUGCAGAGGUUGCGCUUGGAACUGGGUAUGGCGAAAGCAAGUGGGUGGUCGAUCGUAUCAUGAUUGAAGCCUCUAAACAGAGAGGCCUGAGGACUACGACUUUCCGCAUUGGCCAACUUGCGGGCUCGAUGAUUAAUGGCGCGUGGAACACAACCGACUGGGUCCCACAUAUCGUGAAAGCGGCAUGUAUAUUGGGUUCUCUCCCCUUGAUGGAUGAUGACUCUGUGGUUUCCUGGCUGCCGGCCGACGCAGCUGCAUUGUCGAUUGUACAGGCUAUGGAAGCUGCCACGCCCGGCAACCGAACCCUACACGUUUGCCAUCCUUACCCAACCACUUGGAAUUUCGUCAUGGAGACCAUUGCGGAUUAUCUCAUUGGCAAAGGUAUCCGUCUCGACCUUGAGCCGUAUCCUAUCUGGUUUGGCAAGCUUGAAGCUUCAGGGACAGGAGCUACUAGUUUGCAGAAAAAUCCGGCUCUCAAGCUCUUGGACUUCCUUCGACCCGGUAUACAGGAGCAUUCAAGUGACAAGGAGGCCAUGGGCUUCCCUCUUAUCUCCACGACGAAGAUGCAAGCGACCUCAAAUACUCUGAAGGACCUGCCGAGGUUGGAUCAGACCGAAAUCAAGCGGUGGAUGGAGUACUGGGAUUCUCAUGGGGUAUUUGAAUAG